UCUUCUUCCCAGUUUUUUAUGAUAGUCUUGCUGGUUUUCAUCGCUGAGGUGGCGGGGGCGGUGGUCAUUCUGGUUUUCAGACCUGUGGCAGAUUCACUGUUUGAAAAGGUCGGCACAGCAGCAGUUAAGAGCAUCCAGAAAGACUAUGGCAGCAAUACUGACAUUACUGGACUGUGGAAUACCACCAUGGACGGGUUAAAAUGUUGUGGAUUCUACAACUACACAGACUUUACGGGUUCCCCGUAUUACACGGCGCACAACAAUACCUAUCCACCACGCUGCUGCCUGGUCGUCAGCCCAUGUAACGCAACUAUGGCAGACUCAAAAAUCGCAGAUGGCUGCUUCCCAAAGAUCAAGAAGUUGAUUGAUAGCAACACAGUGGUGAUUGUGGGCGUUGCUCUAGGGAUUGCUGCUCUGGAGAUUUGUGCCAUGAUCGUCUCCAUGACGCUCUACUGCAGAAUAAAAUCCACCAGGGCCUAACGAAGAGCAGGAAGUCCUUCUACUUCCUGCCUCAUCGGGGAAAACAACGACUGCGACGUCAGGUCUUGUGCAAUCGAGGACAACUGAAUGAUAUUUUUUACUACAUCUCGAUUUAUGAAGUAGAUUUAAUUUAUGGAUCUAAAAUAUACAUUUUCUGAGAAAUCAUCAAGAAAUCCCUCUUUCCUUUGUGUAUAUAUGAAAGAGAGCUAAAGCACUUAACACGUAUCCAGUUGUUGGGGAAUUACAUGAUGCAGUUCCUGUAAUAAUGAAGCAAAAGCUGGUUGUUGUGUUUUGGAGGUGAACGAUGUACGAGAGCUUCUUGUAUGAUAAAUGUAGUUGAGCAAUAGUUGUUUGUCGUAAAUUGAUUUGUAUUUGCAAUAAAAUCAUAUAUUUCCGUGUAAAGGGCUCUGA